GUUCUCCGGCAGCUCAACGAUGGUGACUCGCUUAAGACUCGUUUCGAGAUCUUCUCGUUACGCCACCGUCAAGUUCACUGAGUUUGUCUCACCAUCGUGCUCAUGUCGUCUCUUCUCAGCCUCCACCGACCCGAAUCCGAAUCUCAACCCACUUCACCUGAACACUUCGCCUACGAAUCCCGUCACCGGAGACGAAGAGCGACACGAAAAGCUAAGGAAUCUCCGAGUUCUUCUCCAGCGGAAUCGAAUCAAAACGGCGCGUGGCGCUCUCUCUUCGCUGCUUCGAUCGGAUUCUACGCCGUUCACAUUGCCGAAAGAACUCUUCUCCGCCUUCUCGCUAUCAUCUCCGUCGUUGAAACACGAUUUCUCCUACUUGCUUCUCUCCGUGCUAUUAAACGAAUCGAAGAUGAUUUCUAAACCUGCAGAUUUGUUCUUCGCUUUGAGGAGUGAAGGUAUUUUUCCCAGCUCAGAUUCGUUAACACUGUUUCUUGAUCAUCUUGUGAAGGCGAAACAAUUCAAGGUGACUAUAAACGUGUUCUUAAAUAUUCUGGAUUCUGAUUUUCGUCCGAGUAAGUUCAUGUAUGGGAAAGCAAUUCAAGCUACCGUCAAAUUGAGCAAUGUAGGUAAAGGUUUAGAGCUGUUUAAUCGGAUGAAGCACGAUAGAAUCUCUCCCAGUGUGUUUAUCUACAAUGUCCUUAUUGAUGGGUUAUGUAAAGUGAGAAAGAUGAAAGAUGCAGAACAGUUGUUCGACGAAAUGCUUGCAAGAAGAUUGUUGCCUUCUUUGAUAUCGUACAACACGUUGAUCGACGGAUAUUGCAAAGCUGGGAAUCCGGAAAAGAGUUUUAAAGAAGAUGAUAGAUUUUUGGAGAGGAUAGAUUUCAAUUCGGUCUAUUCUACUGGGUUUUGGUUUGGCAUCGGUUCGGUACAGUAAACCACAGAUAUGACAUCGGUUCGGUACAGUAAACCACAGAUAAACCA